UCUGUGUUACCACAUCAACCCAACCCCCGUCUCAAGCGAAUAAGCAUCACUUUUCUUAUUGAGGGGGAAUAAUAUGGAUCGUAGAAGCGCGUUUGCGGUUGCUUUGAUUUGCAUUGUGGUGGCUUGUGUAGGUGGUCAAUCUCCGACCGCCGCUCCCACUAAAGCACCAGCAGCAGCGACUACUCCUGCUGCUGCUGCACCCGCUACGGCUCCUGUCAGUAAAUCUAAGUCACCAGCUCCGACCGCUGCUCCAACUGCUUCUCCACCAACUUCUUCGCCACCUACUUCGUCAGCACCGGCUACUGCUCCCUCGAAGUCUGCGGCGGUUCCAGCUUCUUCCCCUCCGGCCGUUGCUCCGGUGAGUUCUCCACCGGCUUCAGUUCCUGUGAGUUCUUCUCCAGCCAAAUCGCCUCCUGCUGCCGCACCGACAACUCCUCCAGAGAGUUCAGCCUCUCCUCCGGCUCCUGUUGCGGCUCCAACUGCUGCCGAUGUUCCUGCACCAGCUCCAAGCAAGAGCAAGAAGAAGUCAAAGAAACACAGUGCUCCCGCUCCUUCACCUGAUUUGCUCGGACCUCCGGCUCCACCAACCGGUGCUCCAGGACCUAGCCUCGAUGCGUCCUCUCCCGCCCCUUCUGCCGCCGCCGAUGAGAGUGGAGCGGAGAGAAUGAAGAGCUUGCAGAAGAUAAUUGGAGGAUUGGCAUUAGGAUGGGCAGCCAUUGGGUUGAUCUUCUAGAGAAGAGAGAUUUGGAUUAAGUUUAUUUAUUAUAAUUUUUAAUUUCACUGUUUAAUACAUUUGAGAUUAUGGUAUAUUUAUUUUACUCCAUUUUGUUUCCUUAUAAAUACUUGCCUUAGUGGGGUGGUUUUUACUUUAUAUAUUAGCUUGAGAUC